AGCUUAAGGUAUCAUCAUGCAAACAGUGGCUUAGAGAGUUUGAAGAAUGAACGAAAGUGACAGCAACAUGAAGCAAGCAAAGAAGAUCCAUUGUGCCAACGCAGCCAGUGGCUGGCCACGCCACCGACUUCUCUAUAAAUGCGAAUCUGAACGAGGCGGCUGCUGCUCACAGUGUUCCACGGCCAUAUUCGGUGAUCCGGAGUUGAUUGGGAAUGGCUAAGCAUCAUCCUGAAUUCUCCGUUUCCAAUCGCGUCCACGCUUUGAUGCUCGUCUUGGCCCAUCUCUGCUUCAGCCGAUCGCUGGUUUCGGCCCGGCCGAGGCCUAUUUUCGCCUGCAACGCGGCGGCGAAUCCCGAGUUGGCGAGUUUGGCGUUCUGUGAUCCGGCAGCGGGGACUGCGGCGAGGGUGGCGGACUUGUUGGGGAGGCUGACAUUGGCGGAGAAAAUUGAGUUCUUGGUGAACAGUGGCGGCGGCGUGGCUAGGCUCGGGAUUCCCAGGUAUGAGUGGUGGUCCGAGGCUUUACAUGGUGUUGCGUGGCACUAUGGCCUUGGGACCACCUUCUCCCGCGUAGUCCCGGGGGCUACUAGCUUUCCUCAGGUUAUUCUUACUGCAGCUUCGUUCAAUGUCUCUCUGUUUGAAGCCAUUGGAAAGGUGGUUUCUACAGAAGCUAGAGCAAUGUACAAUGUUGGCCAGGCAGGAUUGACAUUCUGGUCCCCAAAUGUGAACAUAUUCAGGGACCCGAGAUGGGGAAGAGGCCAGGAAACUCCGGGAGAAGACCCGGUGCUCACGAGCAAAUAUGCAUCGGCAUUUGUUCGAGGUCUACAACAGAGGGAAGAUGGUGACAGUGAGAGGCUUAAGGUGGCUGCUUGCUGUAAACACUCCACUGCCUAUGAUUUGGAUAAUUGGAAAGGGGUCACUCGAUUCGAUUUUGAUGCUGUGGUGACACAGCAAGAUCUGGCUGAUACGUUUCAACCUCCAUUCAAGAGCUGUGUCUUGGAGGGCAAUGUCGCCAGUGUCAUGUGUAGCUACCAAAAACUCAAUGGCAUUCCCACCUGUGCUGAUGCGGACCUCCUGACAGGGGUGAUUCGAGAGGAGUGGAAGCUCAAUGGGUACAUAGUUUCUGAUUGUGACUCAAUAUCUGUGUUCUUUAAGAGCCAACACUACACUAAUACACCAGAGGAGGCUGCUGCCAAGGCUUUAUUGGCAGGUGACCAGAUUUCCAAACUUAAAUUAUUCACUUAUAAGACGGGGCUGGACCUGAACUGUGGAGAUUUCCUAAGGAACUACACAGAAGGAGCAAUAAAAGCUGGUCUGGUGGACGAGCGGGUCAUUGACAGGGCCAUCUCAAACAAUUUGGCAACAUUGAUGCGCCUAGGCUUCUUUGACGGUGACCCUAGGAGGCGGCUCUACGGGAAGCUCGGUCCCAAGGAUGUGUGCACCCAGGAGAACCAGGAGUUGGCCCGUGAAGCAGCGAGGCAAGGCAUUGUGCUGCUCAAGAACAGUGCCGGAUCACUCCCCCUGUCACCCUCUGCAAUCAAGUCGUUGGCUGUCAUUGGACCCAAUGCCAAUGCCACCCUCGACAUGAUUGGAAACUAUGAAGGGAUUCCAUGCCAGUACACAACUCCUCUGCAAGGCCUAGCCGCCUUAGUUGCAGCCACCUAUGCGCCUGGUUGUGCUAAUGUGGAAUGUCUGUCUGCCCAAGUAGAGGAAGCCAAGGGAAUUGCAGCCUCGGCAGAUGCCACUGUCCUGGUGAUGGGUGCCAAUCAGUUGAUAGAACGAGAAGGUCUCGAUAGGAUCAAUCUUACUCUUCCAGGACAACAGCAGUUUGUGGUAACAGAAGUUGCAAAUGCAGCCAAGGGACCUGUGAUUCUUAUUGUAAUGUCUGGAGGGGGCAUGGACUUGCAAUUUGCGAAGGAUCAUGACAAGAUAACAAGCAUCUUGUGGGUUGGUUACCCUGGCCAAGCUGGUGGUGCUGCCAUAGCAGACGUCAUCUUUGGAUCCUACAAUCCAAGUGGAAGACUACCCAUGUCGUGGUAUCCACAGUCAUACGCAGACACGGUCCCAAUGACAGACAUGAACAUGAGGCCGGACCCUUCCAGGGGCUACCCGGGAAGAACCUAUCGGUUCUACACGGGGCCAGUGGUUUAUACAUUUGGGGAUGGUCUAAGCUACACCAACUUCAACCAUUACUUAGUUGAAGCACCUGAGCAACUCCGAAUCCCCUUAGAAGAUGGCCAUGCUUGUCUCUCAUCCGAAUGCAACUCCCUCGAUGCUGUCGAGGAAAGCUGCCAGAACCUGGCUUUUGACAUUCAUCUGACAGUCGAAAACGGUGGCGAAAUGAGUGGCGGCCACACUGUUUUCUUGUUCUCUAGCCCCCCUCCCGUGCACAAUUCACCCCAGAAGACAUUGUUGGGCUUUGAGAAAGUGUUCUUGGCAUCACAAACACAAGGUGUGGCGAGUUUCAGGGUGGAUGUUUGCAAGGAUUUGAGUGUGGUUGACGAGCUGGGGAGCAGGAAAAUUGCCUUGGGAACGCAUCUUCUUCACGUGGGUAGCUUGAAACACUCCCUCGACCUCAGGGUUUGAGACCUAAGUUGAGAUACAAGAUGAAAUAAACAGAAUCCACUCUGUAGCCUAUUUCUCACGGACAGUUAUGAUCAGAGAAUCCUAGUCUUGCAUCUAAAACAACUUCAUGUUAUCCCAUUUUAGCAUUUGAUGUGUCACAGGCAACGCGCCCAUCAAAGGACCCAAAAAAAAAAUAAAAAAAAUCCAAAAACAAUUUUUUUGGUAAAAAAGAAAAUUGGAAUUAUUGGAUUUCAGGGGGGGUAAAUGGUCUCUCGAAGAUUGAAAAUACACGUAUCUCGUGUAUCUCGGAGACCGUCUAAGUAGCCAUUUUUGAGAGACUUUCACAAUCUCUUGGAGAUUGUAACAAAUUUCGAGAGACUAUAGGAUCUUAGAACCUAUCAUGUAAAUUUUUCCUUAAUUGAGGGGUCUUGAAAAAAACGUAAACAUGAUAACUACGACAUUUGAAAAUCCCUUCGAGAGUUCUGCAACAAGAAUAUACAUUAUCCACAAGAGUGUUAAAUCUAGUAGAUUUCGGAAUGUAGGGAAAGGUCCUCUCAAUGCUCUAACGCCCACACCGAAUAUGGACUGAACUGUCUCACGACGUUCUGAACCCAGCUCACAUACCGCUUUAAUGGAAGAACAACCCAACCCUUGGAACAUACUAUAACCUUCUCAUUGAUGUGAGCUCUUGGGGAAGAUCAGCUUGCUAUCCCUAGCGUAACUUUUAUCCGUUAAGUGACGGCCCUUUCACUCGGCACUGUCGGAUCACUAAGGCCGACUUUCAUCCCUGCUCGAUGGUUGGGUCUUGUAGUCAGGAUAAAAAUUGCCCAUAAAAAUUCUAAUCCUAGUAGAUUUCGAAAAACACCAUACUUUUCUAAAAAUAAAUGAAUCCUCAUUUUUAAAAAGGUACAUCUUCAAUACUUAUUUCAAUAUGGUGUUUAAAUUUUCAGUAUUUGAUUUAAGCAUCGGAGUGUUUGUGCAGGAAUUGUCCCGUGC